AUGCUUGCACUGAACCUGAUUCUGUAUUCACAGGUCUCUGGUGUAAUGAGCCAGAACAUUGUGCAGAAACUGAAAGGCCUGCACUUUAUUAGUCCCCUUAUAAAAUCACCCAAAGUCAACAUACAGAGGAACACAGUGGCCUUGGUAGGAAACCUGACCAAGAACCCAAACCUGCACAUUGCCAUAGUUCAUAAAGCCCUCCCAGAGCUGCUGGGCAUCCUCAGCGCAGGCACCAAGGAAGGAAAUGAGUCCGAUGACACACUGUCGAUGGCCUGUCAGACCUCCAACUGCCUGCUUAUGAAUAAGCCUGAGAUGGGAAAGCACCUGGUAAACAGCACCCUGAUAAGAUCCCUCAACGAUCUCAGCAAAAACACACAUUUACCCAAAUCCAGCAAAACCGCCUCCGUGCUUCUCUACAACCUCUGGUCAGACAAGGAUUUACAAGGCUUCUUGAAAAAGCAAGGGAUGAGUAAGUCCUCAUUUGUGAAUGACAUCACCGCGGCGGCACACAAGUCGGUUCAAGUCGUCGAAUGACAGGAAAGCUUAAUGUCCCGGAAAGUGAUUAAAGUCACCUCAACGCACAGAGGCUGAGCAGCAUCCUUCCUCAUUUCACAUGUCACACAAUACAUGUUUCUAUUAAAUAUUUCCAUCAACAUACAGUAGCUCUGACAAUGCUGCACCUUUUCUUUGUGGGGAAAAAAGGUGAAGGUUAAGAUGUUCAUUUUGUGUCUGGAUUCUGCCACAAUGUGCUUGCUUUAUUAGAUAAUAACAUACAGGUUUAGAUGUUGUGUUUGCAUAGAGGUUUCUGUUUUUAAAUCAUGAUACAACAUUGUGUAAAAGUAAUUUUGAUUAUGUAAAAUCAACAUGGAGAACAUUUCUCUGUAGUUGGAGUUCAUCGUUUUUAAAGAAACAGUGGCACUGUUUUAGGCAGUGAUGUGUGUUUACAUUUUGUAAUGGCAUGGCAGGUCUGUGGUUAACCACUCUUCUUUUUAUAUAUGUGUGUGAUCCUUAAACAUUUGUAUUAUCAUGAAUCAUGUAGUUAAUAAAGCUAGCAGACAUAUACUCUU